AUGGGGACACUGCAGGAAGGGAAGACACAGGAACACCGGGGCGGGGAGAAUGUGGGGACACCGCGGGGAGGGGGCGCGCGGGGACUCGGUGGAGGGAAGGACGCGGGGCCGCCGCGGGGCCGGGGUGACCCCGAGGGGGCUCCGCAGUGGACGGACGUGCUGGACGGGUUCUGCACCGAUGAGUUCGCGGUGAAGACGCGGCAGUUCCACUGCUGCCGCCGGCACGGGGCCGCGCGGCGCCGCUGCUUCGCCCAGGAGACCCCGGCCCCCACCUGGGACCCCAACACCUCCUGGGAGCCCAACACCGCCUGGGACCUGGUCACCGAGACCCCCUUCCCGCCCGGGGAGCCCACGGCCGCCAACUUGGGCAACAUCUGCGGGCUGCGGGAGCUGCGC